UUAAUAGUAUUACCAUUAUGAAUAUGACAUUGUUACGUUUCCUUGAUAUUGUGCAAUAAUCGUCUUUAUAUUUUACUAUUUGCUCACCGGAAUGGACUAUGCACUCUCUGGACCUCACACGUAUUUAGCAUUUAGCUCUUUAUGCCUCCUGCAUGUGUGCAUGAAGUUGUAUGGUUGGCUUGACUCUGUGUCAUUAGGUGUACCGAUUGACACGGUAUAAGCGGUAUACGUUGUUCAUGGUGUACAUGCCUAUAAACUCCAACGGAGGACGGACAUGCUUGAAAUACAUGAGCAUUGAGACAGACUCUAGAAAUGAACUUGGGUAUAUCAAGUUUCAUCGUGCUUUACAUUUAGCUUCUGUGUGCCUUGCCAAACAGACACCGAUCGUACCCGAUACAUUGACUGUACAUAAAAUAUCAGAUCGCAUCUGAAGAUUCUAACUUUCAUUUGCUAUAAGCAAAGAAUAAAAGAUGUCCGGAGUCGUUUUGCGGGUCAUCCUCUUUGUUUUCAUGUGUGGUCUGGCCAUGCAAUGGCCCAUCACUCAGCAUCUAAUCUUUGAGAUGGCUUGCCAUCGUCUUGGCUAUUCAGAUGACGUCUGUUCUGAUCUCGGCAAUCAUACGGACGCCGAGCACGCCGUACAGGCUCAGGCCUCUACCAUCAUGACAUAUCAGUCCUUCUUUUGUGAUAUUCCUGGAGCGGUGGCGUCGCUCAUUCUUGGAGCGCAAAGCGACAAGGUUGGACGUAAGCGGAUCAUGCUUCUACCAAUCAUGGGCACGACCCUACUCGCUGUGAUCCUGCUAACAGGUUCAUUGCUGCAUACAACGUCCUUGGUCGCCAUAAUGGCCAGCUCGUUCGCAUUGGGCGUCAGCGGUGGGAUAGGGACCUUCAUGAGCACGGUGACCAACUACAUCACAGACACCACUCCUGAAGAUCAAAGGACUGAGGCACUCAGUAAGACUCUACCCUUCAUGGGGUUAGGGGUCAUUGUCGGACUUGUCUCCUCUGGUAUUCUAACCCAACAGCUUGGGGUAGCAGCUGCCUACUUCAUCGAUUUCCUCCUGAUGCUGGUAGUGCUCUAUCUUGUCGUCUUCCACCUCGAAGAGUCAAAGCCGAACGUUGACAAGUCUAAGGAUGCCCCAUCCCAGUCCGAAGAUCAGUCACAAGGGGUCUUUGCGACCAUCUGGGAUAACUUAACGGCGGGUGUCAAAGUGUUUACAUCGGAGAAAGAUAAUUUCGUCAAGCUCCAGUUGGCAGUAAUCGUUCUACAUGGCAUGAUUGGUUUCGCAAUUAUGGUUGCCGAGGGUAAUUUGCUGAUGCUGUACACCAAGAAGUCCCCAUUCACCUGGUCUCCUUCGAUGUACUCCAUCUUCACCGCAACUAAGAAUGCUCUAGGUAUCGUAGGUCAGGCGGUAGGAACCAUGGUGUUCUUUAAAGUGAUGGGCGCCAAAUCUAUCAGGAAUGAUUUCAUCUUGCUGCAGAUGGCAUCGAUGGCUGGGGUCGCCAUAAAUCUCAUCACGGCAUCGGCAACGUCAACCAGCAUGUUAAUGAUGACUUCAGCUUUCGUUAUGUUUGCCACACCUGGGCAAUCGGCAAGUGGUUCAAUAACAUCGAAACUCGUCAGCCCGGCACAUAAAGGUGCGUUCAUGUCUCUAGGUACGUUUCUCAACACCCUCACUGUACCUUUAGCAGGGUUCGUCCUGAAUAGUAUAUACUCCAACACCGUGCAGACCUCACCAGGUUUCGUCUUUCUAUGUAUAGCAUCAGCUCACGCAGUCAUUCUAUCAGGCAUUACAUAUGUUGUCUUGUUUACGAAGAAAGAAGCCAAAGGAGAUGAAAAGACGGACUAGGAUUCAUUAUUCAACUCAGUAUAUUUUGUUUAUGUCUGUUCAGAAUUAUCAUAGAUGUAUGCAAUGCAAAGACGCUAUUUUAGUUAUUUGAAAGGUUUCUAAUUUUGUAAGAUUAUGCUAAUUUAUUUAAAAUGCUGAAAAUGUAAUUAUCAGUGUAUGUUCUCAUGAAAUUUUCCAGUCCCGUUUUUUAAACUGAAGUUUCAGUCGACAAACUCAAAAAUAAAACAACCCGAACAUAUUGUGAUGUGUCACAACUUUCUUUUACUUUACAUUGGGGGUGGGGGCGGCAGCACUUUGCCAACGGCAUGUUGUUCAUGACAACGUAAUUGUAAUAUUUAUCGAAAUUUGAAGGCAUCGGGUGUGCCAACAAUAGAUAUUCGUCACAAAGUUAUCAUGGGUAUUUUGCAUCGGGGACA